AUGAUUUAUAUGCGAGGAUCGCUUGAAAGUUGCUGGACCAUGGAGCAGUGCUCGUCAUCCGCUGCUCAGCGACGAGGCUAUACGCCGGUCAAAAGAGAAUUUCUGGAUCGGAAGGCGGCCGCCGGCAGUCCUGGUUCUGGUAAGCCGCCCUAA